UUUAAUUUUUCUCUCUUUCUUCUUUUCCUGCAAAACCCUAAUUUCAUUUCCUUCAAAAAAAUUUCCAGCAAGCAAACAAAAACAAAAUUUGAUUUUGCAUUUUCUUUUUCUUUUUCUUUUUUACUGUUGAAAUUCGCUUAUUCUGCUACAGCAAAACAUAUGAUCAAGCAACUGUUGAUUCUUCUUUGAGUUAAUUUUCUUAACUGUUGAAAUUUUAGUUAUAAUAUUUAGAAAUUAACGAUUUUAGGGAUUUCUUGAGUUUGUAGUAAUUUCUUCUUCUUGAAUGUUGUAUGAUCGCUGUUGUUUAUCUUGAUUCAACUCUGUGAUCUUCCUACAAAAAGCUUUCUUUUUUCAUUAUAUCGUUAGGUUUUAAGUAAUCACCCAAAAGAAAAACUUUAGUAAAGUAUCAGUGAGUUUGUGAAAAUGGAAGGUACAGAGGAGAAUCAUAAUUCCGGUUCGGUUGUAGUAUUUGGCGGGGAAGGAACUUUGAGUGGAUCAACGGUGGCACCACCACCACCACCACCACCACCACCGCCAGCAGCGGAAUCGCUGGUGGGUGCUGUGAUUGCUGUGAAUGCGACGCCUGGCUCAGAUGGUUUUAAGAAAAAGAGGGGAAGGCCGAGGAAGUACGGACCGGACGGAAAACCUAAAGUAACUUUGUCUCCGAUGCCGAUUUCUUCAUCGAUUCCCCUCUCCGGUGAUUUCCCCGGCUGGAAGCAGAAGCAGGAGAAGCCGAUAACGUCCAUCAAGAGAAAGCAGAAACUUGAGUUUCGCCCACCAGGUGCACAAUUGGCAUCCUCAAUUGGAGCCGAUUUUACUCCCCAUGUGCUUACAGUUAAUUCUGGAGAGGAUGUUAAUAUGAAGAUCAUAUCAUUUGCUCAACAAGGGACAAAAGCCAUAUGUGUUCUUGCUGCAAAUGGUGCAGUUUCAAAUGUCACACUUGGUCAACCAAAUGCUUCUGGAGGCACUUUAACAUACGAGGGUCGAUUUGACAUUCUUUGUUUAUCUGGAGCUUUUACACCGAAUGAAAAUGGUGGAGCAAAAGGGUGGUCCGGUGGGAUGAGUGUUUCUUUGGCGGGCCCGGAUGGGCGGGUUUUGGGUGGCGGACUGGCGGGCAUGCUGGUUGCUGCUGGCUCUGUUCAGGUCAUACUUGGAAGCUUUCUUACCGAUCUUCAACAAGAACAACAAAAAUCCAAAAAAUCAAGAUUUGAACCUUUUGCUACUACGCCUUUCUUCAAAGAAACAUAUGGAGAUCAUGAACCUAACAUAAGUUUUACACUCACAAAUCCAAGAAGUUUAGACACCGAAAGAAAUGGAUCUUUGCAUGUUUCUGAAUCCAACACAUCACAAUUUGAGGUUUCUUGUUAAUUAAUCUCUCAAGUAUGCAAGAUUUGAUGUAUCGUGUUCUUUGUUAGCAGACUCUGAGGUUGUUUUACUUAGGAAAAAUUGUUAGACACUAUUAUUUAUUUCUAAAAUUGGGGUUUAAGUUUUAUGUUAAUGUUGGUUGUCUUUUAAGUUUUAACCAUAGGUGUUAAAAGGGUAGGAUUUAUGUCAACUCCAGUGUAUGAUAAUGGAGGAUGAAAAUUGGUGGGGUUUUUUUUAUUGUUGUUUUUUAAGUGUUAUGUAUCCUAUGGAUUUGAGUUUCUUGAAAUGUUAUACAAAUGGUGUUUUUGUUUUAUUCAA